GUAGUCAACAAAAAAUCUCCAAAUCCGGAUGCUCAUCCGACGAUGCACGCGUUAAGGUGCAGUGACGGGUCGUCGACCACGACGACGGCCACGACAACGACGGGAGGAGCAGGUGCCAUAGCCGCCGCCGGCGGCAGCUCCGGAAUCGUGUCCGGAACGUCAAUUCUUCAACUCCAGCAACAACAACAACAACAACAACAGGUGCAGCAACAGCAAUGUCCAUCCCAGCAACAGCAACAACAACUUCCAAAAGGUGGUCCGGUGCGGAUAAACGGCGUCAAGGGUUACCAGAACAGGACCAACCAUAUCAUCUACUGUCCACCGCUGCUGCGCUCCAAGGAGGACUGCACGGCGGUCGUGUACUUUGGUGGGGAUGUGCAGGACAUUCCGGAAAAGAUGGAAACGAACCGCGACAACAAAAACUACAUCAAGUGGAACCUGGAGAAUACCGCCCUCCUGCUGCGGGAUUCCUUCCCCCGGGCCCACAUCGUGGUGGUGCGACCCAUGCGGAUGGAGUACAGCACGUUCAGCUGCUUCGAUAACUUCGUGCGCGGAAACAACGCCGGCAUUCCGGACCACACGCCGAUGCACUUUUCCCUGCAGCACCUCGAAGAAUUACUCAACAACUUGACGAAAAAGUUGACCAAACCGGUGCUGGAGCCGGACCUGCUGCACAAGCUGAUUGCGGCCACGAGUUCGAGCCUUUGCCCAGGGGAGCUGGAGCGGACGGCGGCCACGGUGGCAGCGGCCGCGGCGGCGGCAUCGUCCGGAACGACAGCGGGUACCACGACGACGACGGCGACGGAUAUGGACGUGGAUGUGUUGCAGUCCGACGGCCACUCCACCACCUCCAACAAUAGCACCAACAACGCCAGCACAUCCUCCCCAUCUUCCUCCUCCACCGCCGACAUCAACGAGCUGCUCUGGUGGCGCGAAAGUCUCAACCUGGACAAGGCGAACCUCGCCCUGAUGGGCUUCAGCAAGGGUUGCGUCGUCCUGAAUCAGUUCAUCUACGAGUUUCACUACUACAAAACGCUCACGCCGGACGACAGCACCAUGAUGCGGUUGGUGUCCCGGAUAAAGGACAUGUACUGGCUGGACGGGGGUCACGGCGGCGGCAAGAACACCUGGAUCACGUCGCGAAGUUUGCUGGAGACGCUCUGCCGGUUGGGGAUCAACGUGCACGUGCACGUCACGCCGUACCAGAUUCAGGACGACCACCGACCGUGGAUCCGGAAGGAGGAGAAGGCGUUCACGGAUCUGCUGAAGCGUCUGGGGGCGCCCUUCGAUCGGCAUCUGUACCCCAGUGAGGCCAACUCGACGAACCUGUUUACGCACUUUGAGGUGUUGAACCGCUUCCGGCAGUACCAGAUCAACGUGUUUGCCCAGCAGCACUUGCAGGCGCAGGCGCAGGCUCAGCAGCAACAGCAAUUGACGGCGACGAAUCUGAGCACGACGGGGACAAACUCCGUGGAUGAGCAGCAGCAGCAGCCGAUUUUGACGCAGCUGGAGCAGAUGGGAGUGGUUGGAGCGGGAGGCAAUUCGAUUGUGACGGCGGUGGAUGCUGUGGAGCAGAUGAUUACCGGCGGAGGGAACGAGACGGAUCUGGAGGAGGACAAGCUGGACGACGGCGAGGACGAGGAGGAGAAUGGGCACAAGUGAACAGGAAAGGCACCCAAAUCAUCCCCCUCUCAGCAAAAAAAAAAAGGACGAACGCAAUCGCGAUGCAUUUCUCGAGGAUUAUUGUGCGCAUUCUUCCCACAACACGGCGGCUGAUGGUGGACAACAAAAAUUGUACAGUUUCCUCCCUUUUCUUUGUUUAUUUUGCAAAACCAGUGUAAAAUUCUUACCAUGCCAUUACUUUUAAUUUCGAAAAAUGAUUGUGGAUUCCUUUCUUUUUUUUUCUUGAGUAUAACAGAUUUAGUAGGUAUAUAUUUCAUUUAAAAAUGUAGAACAUUAUUUUUUCUAUAAAAUACAGUAAUUUCGGAAUGCUGGAUCAUGUGCACGAGAGAGAGAAAGAGAGAAUUUUUAUUUUUUUAAAUGUAUAAUUUUCCUUUGAUUGUUUAAGAAUAAAGUUUAGGCGAUUCGCGAGAGGAAAAUGCAAAAAAAAAACAGAAUGUAGAAGUAAGCGAGUGCGACGGUAUUUCAGGCUAGUUUUUAAGUGGCGAGUUUUUAGUGAGAAGCAGCAAACAGUAACAAACAAACACACAAAAAGUAUUCAAUUUGGAGCGAAUUUUGACAGCAAAAAUGAGCGAAGCUGCUUAUUUUCGAUGAAAAUAACUUUUAAAUUAAAUGCACUCAAAAGAGAAUUAACAUGAUUUGAAAACAAUCAAA